GUGCGCGCGCGUGUCUGGGUCAGCCGCCCCCCGCCGCCCCCCGGCACCUGCGCGCGUGUGUCACAUGGGGCCUGCGCCUCAGACACAACACGGCUCCGCGGGCGGGCGGGCAGGGAUGCCGCCGGCGUUGUGCCAGCGGAGGGGUCACUGCAGGGAAAGGAGGAGGGGGGAAGCCCGAGCCCUGGCGCAGCCUUGCACUCCCGGGCGCACCGCGCGCUGUGCCCCUGCCUGCGGUUUUCCGCCGUGUCGGUCGCAAGUUGUAUUUGCUGAGCAAUAGUGCUGGGUGUAAGAAAGGAAGAGGAGCUGUGCUUGCUAAGUAAGCCUGUGCUUGCAAACAUCGAGGGACAGAUGUGUUCGCUGAUGCUGCUUCACCCCAUCCCCGUCUAACGUCGAUGCGUUUUGCUAUACAGUUACCAUUGACUUGACCUGUGAUACCGAGUAAAAAGCCCCUGUUGGGAGAUGUGCGGUAAUGGCAGAAAUGUGUGGUAAUGAUACGUUAAUCUUAACAAGGGAGAGGAAGAUAAUAAUCACAGAAGCUUCAGUAUGAGGCGGGGUGGAUGGCGGAAACGGGCUGCCGAAGGCGAUGGCUGGGGAAUAUGGGGAGGGUACAUGUCGGCGAAGGUCAAGAAACUGGAGGAUCAAUUCCGGUCAGAUUCAGCCAUACAGCACCAGAGGGAUGGAAAUUCGUCAAGUAUCUUUAGUGGAGUUGCCAUCUAUGUCAAUGGCUUUACAGAUCCCUCAGCUGAUGAAUUAAGACGGCUAAUGAUGUUGCAUGGAGGCCAAUACCAUGUGUACUAUUCCAGAUCAAAAACAACUCACAUCAUUGCCACAAAUCUUCCAAAUGCCAAAAUAAAAGAAUUGAAAGGAGAAAAAGUAGUUCGGCCAGAGUGGAUUGUGGAAAGCAUUAAAGCUGGACGUCUCCUCUCGCACAUUCCGUAUCAGCUUUACACCAAGCAGUCAAGUGUUCAAAAAGGUCUCAACUUUAAUAGCAUAUGCAAACCUGAAGAUGCCAUGCCAGGUCCAAGCAAUAUAGCUAAUGAUCUCAACAGGGUAAAUCAUAUUAAAAAGCGUGAGAUGGAAAAUGAGAUCACACCCAAUGGAAUAAGUAGCUGGAAUGAAGAAGAGGAGGAAGAAAUCGACGAUUUGGGAUUUACGGACCUGGAGCAGAUCCUUCCUGGACGGAAACAAAAUGGGAUUCAGUCUCACAAAGACAGCACUGCCAUUUUUAACGGACACACACACACUUCUACCAGUGCCUUAAAGACGCAGGAUUGCUUGGUGCCCUCUGGCAACAGUGUUGCAAGUAGGUUCUCUCCAGGUCCUGUGCAGGAGGAGGGGAAGACUGAAAAAGGCAUGGUUGACUUCAGAGACUGCACAACGCAGCAGUUGCAGCAAAGCAACAAAAAUACAGACUUUUCGUGGAAUCCACAUAGGACUAUGAGUAAUUCAUCCUCAUCUUCAUCUUUGCACAGUAAUGCUAAAAUAAAUGGUGCUCACCACUCCACAGUUCAGGGGCCUUCAAGCACAAAAAGCACUUCUGUACCUACUUCUAGCAAGGCAGCUUCCUUACCUGCAUCCAAACCUUCAGAUUGUAGUUUUAUUUCUGACUUUUAUUCACGUUCAAGACUGCAUCAUAUAUCAACAUGGAAGUGUGAAUUGACAGAAUUUGUCAACAGCCUGCAGAGAAAAAACAGCGGUGUCUUUCCAGGAAGGGAAAAAUUAAAAAAAUGGAAAGCAGGCAGGUCUGCACUUAAAACUGACACAGGAAAACCAGUAGCUGUUACUAGUAAUAGAGGUGCAGGAAAGGCAGCACUGCGCCCUGGUGCAAACCCCCAGCUUGAACAGCAAUAUUACCAGAAUAAGCUAAUGAAUGGCAAAGCAGCAGAAAUUAGAGUACCUGACAAGCUGGACUCACCAGUCUGGGAGCAUCCAGAUUCCACUCACACGAAUGGAGCUGACUUCAAUCUCACUGUGCUGUCCAUGGCUGAAAUAGCUUCUUGUAGUUAUGAAGCCAGACAAGUCGGCAUAAAGAAUGGAAUGUUUUUUGGCCAAGCAAAAAAGUUGUGUCCAAAUCUUCAAGCAGUUUCAUAUGAUUUUGAUGCAUACAAAGAAGUUGCACGGACAGUAUAUGAAAUAUUAGCAAGCUAUACUCAUAACAUCGAAGCAGUCAGUUGUGAUGAAGCACUAGUAGAUAUCACUGAAAUCCUUACAGAGACCAGAUUGACUCCUGAUGAACUAGCAAAUGCUAUCCGCACCGAAAUCAAAGCGCAAACUAAAUGCACUGCUUCUGUUGGGAUGGGUUCCAAUAUUCUGCUGGCCAGAAUGGCAACUCGUAAAGCAAAACCAGAUGGACAAUAUCACUUAAAACCUGAAGAAGUGGAUGAUUUUAUCAGAGGGCAACUUGUUACCAGUCUUCCAGGAGUUGGCAGGGCGAUGGAAUCUAAGCUGGCUUCUUUGGGAAUUAAAACCUGUGGAGAUCUGCAGUGUGCUUCAAUGUCAAAACUGCAAAAAGAGUUUGGUCCAAAAACAGGACAAAUGCUCUACAGAUUUUGUCGUGGUUUGGAUGAUCGACCUGUUCGUACAGAAAAAGAAAGAAAAUCUGUUUCAGCAGAAAUCAACUAUGGAAUAAGGUUUACACAGCCUAAGGAAGCAGAAGCAUUCCUUCUGAGCCUCUCAGAAGAAAUACAGCGUAGGCUUGAAGCUGCUGGUAUGAAGGGUAAACGAUUGACCCUUAAAAUUAUGGUCAGAAAGGCUGGGGCACCAGUGGAGCCUGCAAAAUACGGAGGACAUGGAAUCUGUGAUAAUAUUGCCAGGACUGUGACUCUAGACCAUGCAACAGACAGCGCAAAAGUAAUUGGGAAAGAAACUCUAAACAUGUUUCACACAAUGAAACUGAACAUAUCAGAUAUGCGAGGGGUUGGAAUUCAAGUACAGCAGUUAGUUCCCAUCAGUAAAACCGCUUCAGCUCACUCAGCAGUACAAUCUGGACAUUUACCUGGUGGAUCACAUUCAGUUAUUGAUCUUUUUCAUGUUCAGAAAGCAAAAAAGUGCUCAGAAGAAGAACAUAAGGAAGUAUUUGUGGCUGCUAUGGACCUUGAAAUAUCUUCUGAUUCAAGAACUUGCACUUUUCUUCCAUCUCGUGGUACUCAUCUUCCAUCUGGUCUCAAUCCUAAUGUUAACAACACGGAGUCUGCUGUCAAAUGGAAUGGUGUACAUUCUCCUAUCAGUGUAAAAUCCAGGCUUAAUCUGAGUAUUGAGGUUCCAUCUGCUUCCCAGCUAGAUAAGUCUGUGCUAGAAGCCCUGCCACCUGAUCUCCGAGAACAAGUAGAGCAAAUAUACACCAUUCAGCAAGGAGAGAGUUAUGGAGACAGCAGAAAAGAGCCCAUAAAUGGAUGUAACACAGCACUUCUGUCACAACCAGUUGGAACAGUGCUUUUACAAAUUCCAGAGCUCCAAGAACCAAAUACCAAUAUGGGAAUUAAUGUAAUAGCCUUGCCAGCUUUCUCACAGGUGGACCCUGAGGUUUUUGCUGCGCUACCUGCUGAGUUGCAAGCAGAGCUGAGAGAUGCAUAUGAUCAAAGGCAAAAGCAAUCAGAGCAGCAACCUGCUAACACUUUUGUGUCGAAAAAUCCUUUCCUACACCUGAAGCAUGCAACAAUGAAAAAUAAGAAAAAAGGCAGGAAAAAAAAUCCAGUCAGUCCAGUAAAAAAGAUUCAGAGUCCUUUGAAAAACAGACUCAUUGGUAGCCCUGCAAAAAACAUGCCGACUGCAACUGGAAGCCCACAGAAGUUAAUAGAUGGUUUCUUGAAACAAGAAGGAACAGCUGCUCAGUCAGAAGCAGUUCCCUCAACUUCAGAUUCUUCAGGCCCAUCAGCUGUGCAGACUGAACAGCAGCCUGGUUCGCUUAGGCCACAGGCACCCAACCUAGCUGGAGCUGUUGAGUUCAAUGAUGUAAAGACGUUGUUGAGAGAAUGGAUUACAACUAUUUCAGAUCCUAUGGAAGAAGACAUUUUACAGGUUGUGAAGUAUUGUACUGAUCUAAUAGAAGAGAAAGAUUUGGAGAAGUUGGAUCUGGUUGUAAAGUACAUGAAAAGGUUAAUGCAGUCAUCUGUGGAAUCAGUUUGGAAUAUGGCAUUUGACUUCAUUCUUGACAAUGUUCAGGUAGUUUUACAACAAACUUACGGAAGCACAUUGAAAGUUAUCUGAACUUGUAGUAAAGAGCUUGAUGAGAGCCUGGAGCUCUCUGCUAGCUGUGCCAUAAGUGCUUGUGAGGUAUUUGCAAAGUGCAUGAUAGUAAUGCCCUGAGUUUUUAUAAUUUCAAAUUUCUUUUUAAACAACAAAGUGUUUUGUACAUUUCUUUUCAGAAAGUGCCAAAUUUGUCAGUAUUGCAUGUAAAUAAUUGUGUUAAAAUUCUUUUAUUGUAGUAUAGAAUCUAUUUACAAAAUGUUUGUUUAUAAAGUUUUAUGGAUUUUUACAGUGAAGUGUUUACAGUUGUUUAAUAAAGAACUGUAUGUAUA